UACCGAUGGUAAUAUCAAAAUUUAGAGCUUGAGGGCAGCUUUAGCCAUGGCAAGGGCGCCUUCAUAGCUUUGAUUCCCUCCAAUGAAGCCGCUCAUGUGGACGAAAACACAAGCAGGGAUUCCGCAUUCCUUGCAGAGAUCUUCAUCUCUCAGCCCCCGCCAUUGAGCUGGGAGAGGUUUUCGGCUCUCGAAGCUGUCUGGAGACACCGCCACGGCUUGAAUUCGCCAGCUUUUGCUCCGUUCAUCCUGGUAGAGAACAUAUUUGAUUGAAGGUUCGAUCUUCAUCUCCUCCUCGAGCUCAAACAGGUGAAGCUUCCACUGUCGACAACCAAACCCAUCUUUCGAUCAGGAAAAGGGUCAUCAAUCCCACAAGUGAACAAUAUCUUCUCCAUCUCUGCUUGCUUCCCCUGAAGACUGGGGAAAACAAUGGCGGCCAAGCAAGCUGUGCAAUCGUACUAUCAUCCAGUCAUUUCAAGAACGAGCACGGCCAAGCCCAUUUUUUCAUUAUUGGGCAACAAAUUCCCAUCGUCGCCACCUCUCUUCUCUCGAGCCAGUUCUUCGUUUCCCAAUAGAUCGACCGUCGCGAAAUGCAGCGGCGACGGCGAUAAAUUGAAGGAUGCGCUCAGCGGCAUGGUGGGCAAGCAAGUUGAGCAACUGCUGGGGAGAGAAGAGAACAAGGCGUUGCUGGAUGAGCUGGAGAAGGCUUCGGAGAGAGUGGAGAUAGCAAGAAGAGAGCUUGCCGAGAUAGAAAGACAAGAGCUUGAAGCUAAGCAAGUUAGGGAGUAUGUCAAACAGCUCGAAAUCAGAGCUGGCGAGAUAGAAGAAUGUCUGCAAGAGAUCUCCGCAGCCAAAUCCAUGGUGGAAGAAGCAGAGAGAUCACUCUCAGCUGGUUCACAGAGUGAAGCAAGUGAGAAAGAUAAAGAGAGGAUCGAGUCCGUAAAGGCAGCUGGAGUAUGUGCACUUGUUGGGACACUUGCAGGGCUCCCUGUUUCUUUGACACAAGCGACUAGCUACGAGCAGCUGUUGCUUCCAUUGGCAGUCACCUUCUUGAGCUGUGCAUUGUUUGGAGUAACAUUCCGAUAUGUGGUGCGAAGGGAUUUGGAUGAUUCCCACCUCAAGACAGGGGCCAUUGCUGCAUUUGGCUUCGUGAAAGGACUUGGCAGGCUUUCUGGAGGAGCGCCAUUGGAACUCAAUCCAGCAAGCAUCUUGUCUCAUGGUAUCGAUGGUGCGGUUUAUGUAUCACAGAGCCUUUUGGUUUUUGGCUUUGCUGCUGUUAGUCUGGAUUACUGCUUCAAGGUUGGGAUUAUCAGUCCCUUUCCCUUGAAUGAAUCUCCUUCAGAAACCAAUGCAGAGUAAGCUCAAAGCUCCAAGCGUCUGUGAAACUGCUAGCUUGUGUUGAGACCCACAGAUGGAGAAUAUAGCAAGUUUUCUUGUGAUGGAGAAAGAGAAUUGACUGUAUGUAGAAAAUCAAUCUGCCAUUUACUAACUAGAUGUUCAAACAUAUGUAUCCAUCCAUGGGUAGAGACAAUCAGGAGUACUGUUGCAGUUACAAGAAGUUAGUGCUGAUUCGGAACACUGUAACAUGUUCUUGAACUAGUCCCAAUCACCGCGGGAGUCAUCACGCUUCUUCUUCGUAGGAUCGCGCUUCUUACCAAAAUCAGAUGGCAGGUUUCUAUACCCUUUCCUCCCCUGCAAUCAUGGUUCAGGACCCAACUUUAAUAUAUGAAAUUACGGCAUAGCAAGAAAACCUUCAAUGGAAUAGCAUGAAAAUGCAGAGCAGCCAUAGUAACAGACCUUGGGUAUUCUCUCGUCUUCCACGAUAUCAUCAUCUGGCCUUUCCUUUGUG